AAAAAAUGAACCCUAUAUUAUUAAGCGUUUUGAAUUCUCCUUAAUAUUCUCGAUCAAUUCCAAAGAAAGAACAUCAAUUUGCAAAUAUUUAUAGAGUACCAACAAAAUAUAAAGCAAAAUAAUUGUAACCUUUUAAAGCAUAAGAGAAAUCAGAAGAUUUAUUGAUGGAAUUAAUGAGACCAAAAAUAAGGGUGAGAUUACCAUCAUUAUAACAUUAAGAUUCGAGUUGUUCUAAUUAAUAAACGAUAACUAGAGAAUCAGAAAAAGAGAAGAAAAUAGAAAUUACUACAAAAGUGAUGUAUUAUUUAAGCAGAAUGACAGGACCUGAGAAUGCAUCAAAGUCUAAGAAAUAUAGAGAGAAGGAAAUAUAAUCUCGAUUAAUGCCAGGAGUGAAUUCAUAUGAUGGACUUUAUGAUGAGAUGUAUGAAGAUGAUAAUAAUUGA